UACGACGUCGAGCUUUUCGCCCUUCCACUCUCUCUCACUAACUCUCUCUCUCUAUCCUCUCUCAGCAAAGUCUGCAAAACUCUGCAACCACCAUGACCCUGCUCUCGAGAGAACGACCAUACACAGAGUCACACACAGAUUUUAGCUCUUACUUUUACGUUUCCUAUUCUUACCCCCAAACUAUUAUUGAUUCUAAAUAUCUCCACCAGAACCUGCCUCUGCCUCCUCCUCCUAUUCCUAUCCCUAUUCCUAAUGUUGGUUUUUGUAUUUGUACAAACACAUCACUCACAGGUUGUUGUCUCUCACAUCCACUUCUACAAUUACUAUUCCAUGCCUCAAAACAAGACUUCUCUGCAGACACAUCUGUUUUCAGACCUCUCCUCCUCCUCACUUUUAAUUAUAGUAACUCCUCUUUUCAGUCUUAUUAUUACUCAAGUUAUUAUAUACUAUAGUUAGGUGCUUAGGUUCACACUUUUAACGAGAGACCUAGACUCUGCAACAGCAAACUGCUGCUAACAUAAAUGAAUCAUAUAUAUAUAUCUAUAUACACACACACAAAUACAGCUAAUUCUGCUUGACAGAACUUUUGGGUCUGGCCCAUAAUUAUCCCUAAUGUCAGUAAUCCUUAAUUAUUUUCUCUGUCUUCUUCUCUUUCUCCCUCUCUAAUGUUACCCACUACUACUACUACUAGCAUUUGUUUCUACUGCUAUUAAUACUGUACACUGCUUUGUUCACCGCAAUUAAUACUGUUUAUUACUUUGUUCGGUACUUAAAUUUAUAUAUAUAUAUAUAUAUACACACACACACACACACACACACAUAUGCUCUGUUCUGUUAGAAAAUAUUGGCGACAAGUUCUCUCAUAAAUGGCUGCUGCUGCUUCGGGCUGUUCUUCUUCGGUGCCGUCGCUGCCGCCGCCCAGACCAAAGUCGCCGCCAGAGUAUCCAGAUUUGUAUGGGAAGCGUCGGGAGCUGGCUAAGGUUCAGAUUUUGGAGAGAGAGAUUGGAUUUCUUCAGGAGGAACUAAAAUCUGUUGAAGGGCUUCAACCUGCUUCCCGAUGCUGUAAAGAGCUUGCUGAUUUUGUGGCGGCAAAUUCAGAUCCUUUGGUGCCUACAAGUCGGAAGAUUCGUCGGUCUUGUCGUUUCUGGAAGUGGAUCUGUGGAGCAUCCUGUUUCAAUUUCUCAUGGAUUUGCUGUAAAGGGUGCCGUAAUGAGUGCCGUAAUGAGUGUUGUAAUGGGUGCUGCAAUGAGUGCUGCCCUCAUCUUGAAAUGCCACAUUGCUGUGACUGUUAUUUGUGUAAUUGCUGCCAUUCAUGCAUCAGUUGUUCAAUACCGAAGUGCCAGUGUUGCCCGUGGCGUUGCUGUAGAUGCUUUCGAUGCUUUAACAAGAUCUCAUGCAAAAGAAGUUGUUGCACACUUCAAUGUCCAUCAUGCCCAUCAUGUCCAUCAUGCCCAUCAUGUCCGUCCUGCCCAGAUUGUUCUUGCAGCAGAUGGACAUGUUGUUUUCCCAAAUGUCCAAAUGUACAUCUUAGUUCCUGUUGUACAAAAAACAAAUGCUAUCCAUGUUGUUUAUGUUAUUGAGUAUAAGUUAUGCAAUAAUCUGAUAUGGAAGCUUUCUUCUUCAAAGUUUAAUUUUAUUUCUAUUGAAAAAACUCAACUCAACUCAACUCAACUAUACAAGUUUUAAUCCGAAAUACUAGGUACCGGCUACAUAGAAACCGUCCCCAGUCGGCUCUUUGUCACAUUCUUAUUUAUAUUGCUGUAUGUAUUUUGCAAAUACGGAGUGCUUAUGAACCGUUGAUUACAAUCAAA